AUGGCAUUGAAAUGUGGAUCUUCACAAAAGAAACAAAUUGUGUUUGAAGAAUCGGAAAGUGCUGAAUUCAAAAGAAGAAACGAAGCUAGUCAUUUGAAUCAUUCGAAUUGUGACAAAGCUGAAGAUUGCGAUGAUGAAUCCGAUAGCAAUUUCGAGAUUUUGCCACAAUUUUCCCACGUCUCUCUUGCAUCGUCAUCAAGAAAUGAAGUCAUUAAUUUAAAAUCGUCAAGUUCACAAAGUGCAUCCGUAUGUCGUCUUCCAAAAGUCGAUUGGAAAAACAGUGAAGAAAUCUUCAUGAAGAUGGAAAGAUUUAAAACCGACGAACACUUCGAUUUGAAACUUUCUAGGUCGUUUACUGAUCAACAAAGGUUUGACGAACAAAAAGAACUGAAAAAAUGUUUACAUACAAGUAUUUUCAAACAAUCUAAAUCGAAUUGA